AUGAAAUGUGAAGGUAUUUGGAUUAAUUACUACGGUGAUAAGAAUGUAAUUGUAACACUUGAGGCAUGUGGUGGAAAUGCUUUGAAGCAAACUUGCCCUGUUAUGAUAUUUAAUCCUCCUGUGCUAGUUCCACUCCCUGUGGCACGUCAAUUUAAUUUCUUAAAACCAAUAUCCAAUACAUUACACAAGACUACAAAUGCUCUUCAAAGUGAAAAUGUUGAGACACUCAACACACAGACUGGUAUUGCUGCUGAGUGGUCCAGAGAAAUGAUUGCUUGCAGCAGUGAUCCCUUUGCUCCUCCCGUGGCUAGAGAAUUGGAACCUUUCCAAAAUUAUUUACUUCGAGGAUUUAAAACUAAUUCUUUUAAAAAGGUUCAAGACAGUACUUAUCAUUUUGUAGCCGCUCAAGAAGUUUAUUCUGAAAAGCGUCUAAUCAGUUCUGCAGGAGUAACGAUUAAGAGAGUUCCUUUUUUAACAUUCCCUCAAAUGAGACAAACCAUUGCACAAGUCAAGAAGCAAAUGAUACUGAGAGAUUUAAUGUUGUCAUGCUUUAACUCAGAAUCCACCAUGGAGCAGCAGCAAAAGAGCUUGCUCACAAAUUCAUUACAACAACAAAUGCAGCAUCACCAUCACCAUCACUCUCAUGACGACAAUGAACAGAUCAAAAAGGUAGAAGUAGAAUUUUCAACCACCUCCGACAUGGCCAUUUAUUUAAGAACUACCAAUGAUUUGGAUUUUAUUGUUUUCAAAAUUGAGGUCAAUGUCACAGCAUCAGGUGAGGAGCAGGAGCGUGUGAUUACUUGCUAUUGGAAUGAGGAGCAACAUGAUGCACUCACGAACAUACUCAACAAGACUAUGAGCAUACCGAUCAUGAUUCAUUACUUUUACACAAAAGUUGUGAUGAAUUUGCAAUAA